AUGGCUCAUAUUCCCACUCCAAACCUCUAUCCUGCCAGCAGCCUUGACUCUAUCUACAUCCCUUGUCAGCCUGGUUCAUUCUAUUACAGCAAUAUACAGGGGCUGUCGGAGACGUCCCUGCUAGAGGUAUCGAGAGGCCAUGAUAUAGUUGUUCGAUGGAUAAUGGUGUGGACUAUGGUGACAACCCAUAUAAUGUGCAAAUACCUUCGAUCGCGGCGUUCAUCUGGAUUCUGGCGCACGACGACCUCAUCUCCCAGAAGCACCACAUUGAAGGCGGCUGAGGAGAGGGUUUCUGCGUUUUUUUCGACGAUAAGCCUCGCGAAUGCAGAGCUGUAUCAGUCUCCGUACGACUUCGCCCAAAACUCUUCCGACGAGCGGUAUAUCUGUCAAAAUGUUGCGUCCAGCUCCAAAAAACGCUGGAAAUACCGUUACCAUUGGGAUAAUUGCGAUAUAUUUUCUCAAAAGUGUGAGACCACUAUCAGUUAUAAGACCGAUCCAAAAGCUGGACGAUUGAGGCGAGGCACGAAUUUAAUCGAAAAGCUCCUCCCCAAAGUGCAAUCUUAUCACAGUGAGGGCACCGCGCGAAAGCCAAAUCGACUCCUUUCGAAGUCUUGA